AUGGCGCCCCCCGCGGCCGCGCUCCUCGGCCCUCCCAUCGCCAUCGUCGACACCGACAUGCCCGACCGCAAGCCCAAGGCCAAGCCGACGCCGAAGAAGCCGAAGCGCGCGCAGCUCCGCGGCGACUCGUCGUCAUCGGACGACGACUCCGACUCCGAGGGCGACUACAGCGACGCCGAGCCGCCCCGCUCCUGCGUCUCGCGCCCGCCGAAGGCCGAGGGGAAGGCGCUCGCGUACGCCUCGUCGGGCGACCCCUGCGUCGACUUCUUCUUCCAGGUCGUCCCGGCCGCCACGGCGGCCGCCGACGUGGCCGCGCUCCUCAGCGUCGCCUGGGCCGGCGACGCGCGCACGGCGCUCCGCCUCGUGUGCCACCUCCGCGGCGUACGCGGGCUCGGUAAGUCCGACCGGGAGGGCUUCUACGCCGCCGCGCUCUGGAUGCACGCCAACCACCCGCGCACCCUCGCCGCCAACCUCGCCUCCUUCGCCAGGUUCGGCUGCCUCAAGGACCUCCCCGAGAUCGUCUACCGCGUCCUCCACGGCCCCCGCGACGAGCGCAAGGACGGCGACGACAGCACCAGGGUCCACCGCCGCGGCGGCUCCCGUAACAACAAGCGGCGCUGCCUCGGCGCGGCCGCCGAGGCCGCCAAGGCCAGGCGGCAGAAGGAGACGGAGCACGCGCAGGUCGUCCUCGCCCGCUACGACUCGGACGAGAGCUUCCGCUUCCUCUACGACCGCGUCGCCGAGCUCUUCGCCGAGCUGCUCAAGUCCGACCUCGAGCACCUGCGCUCGGGCGACACGGCCAAGAUCGGGCUCGCCGCCAAGUGGUGCCCGUCGCUCCGCUCGUCCUACGACCGCUCGACCCUGCUCUGCGAGGCCAUCGCCCGCCGCGUCUUCCCGCGCGACUCGAGCCCGGAGUACCUCAGCAUCCCCGACAAGCACUACGCGUACCGCGUCCGCAACCGGCUCCGCCGCGAGGUGGACGUGCCGCUGCGCAAGGUCCUGGAGCUCCCGGAGGUGUACAUGAGCGCGCGCAAGUGGGACGAGCUCCCCUACGCGCGCGUGGCGUCGCGGGCGAUGCGGCAGUACAAGCAGGCCUUCGAUAAGCACGACAAGUCAGGCGUGGCCGGCUUCUACGACGAGGUGCGCGCCGGGCUGACCAGGAUCCCGGCGGACGCGGUGCUGCCUCACGAGAUCUUGGCCGCGGCCCUCAAGGGCGAGCACGACGAGUCGGCGGAGCUCCAGUGGCGCCACAUGGUGGCGUCCCUGGCGUCGGAGGGCCGCCUCAGCAACUGCAUCGCCAUGUGCGCCCUCUCGAGCUCGGUGGAGAAGCCGCCCGCGGCCGCGGCCAUCGCGCUGGGGCUGCUGAUCUCGGAGCUGAGCAAGGAUCCGUGGAAGGGGCGGGUGAUCACCUUCGACGCCACGCACCAGCUGCACAAGGUGCGCGGCGCGUCGCUGGUGGAGAAGCUGCGGACGCUGGCCGCCGUGAGGGCACAGAAGGGCGCGAACCUGCAGGCCGUCUUCAACAAGAUCCUGAACGUGGCGGUGGCCGGCGGGCUGUCCAAGGACAUGAUGGUGAAGCGGGUGUUCGUGCUGAGCGACAUGGAGUUCGACGGGUGGGUGGGCGGCGAGGCGUGGGUGUCGGAGCACGAGGCCAUCAAGAAGAAGUUCGCCGCGGAGGGGUUCGCCGUGCCCGAGGUGGUGUUCUGGAACGUGGGCACGUCCAAGGCGUCGGUGCCGGUGGUGGCGGCGCAGGCCGGCGUGGCGCUGGUGAGCGGCUACUCGAAGAACCUGGUGCGGCUGUUCCUGGAGGCGGACGGCGUGCUCACCCCGUCGGCCAUCAUGGCCGACGCCAUCUCCGGCCCCGAGUACGACGCCCUCGAGGUGCUCGACUGA